AUGGAACAAGAUGUCAUAAAUUUGAAAAACCAUACUACUCGAUAUAAAGUACUGAAAGAUGAAGAGAUAAAACAAAAAGCCCUGAAGACAUAUAUGGAUAGCGAUGAGUAUAAAAAGGAAGUUGAAGCAAAUGUAAAGGCAGAAAAACUUUUACAGUUGCAAAACCAAACCGUACAGUAUGAAAACUUAGCACAAGAAAGUAAAAAUAACGACGCGGCUAUGCAAAAAGCAAUGAAAAGCGCAGAAUAUAUAAAAGCUAACAAUGACUGGUUAGAUGCCCAAGCCAACGCUAAAGCAGCCCAACUCAUAGGGUCAAUAAGGACAAAAAUACAAGCGGAUGAAGACAGUUCAAAUGAAGCUUUAACAAAUGCUGACUUUAAGAACGCCUUCGAAGCUCUUCAUAGUAAGGUGAAACAAGUGAACGACUUCUCAUCUGGAAAGAAACUGAAGUCUGAAGGUUUCGACAAAGAGUUAAAAGAAGUAGCACAAAAUAUGACGAAAAUAACAGAUGCAGCAACGAGACAGGCAGUUCAAAGUGCCUAUGACGCCGUUAGAGCAACUGUUGUGGAAAGUCAAGAAAAAGAGUUACAACAGACCAAAACAGACCUAGUAAAUGCUUUCUUAAAAACGAAAAGUCAGGUAGGACAUUAUGCUGCAGAUGGAACAUAUGUGCCAGCUGGUGGAACUUAUAUACCAGCUGGUGGAACUUAUAUACUAGCUAGUGGAACUUAUAUACCACCAAACCCUCCAAGAGAAGCACCUGCACCAGGACUACCUAAAACAUUUACAUCGUCACAUGGACACAGACACAGGCAUGCACCAAAACCAACACAACAACCACCUCCACAACCAACACAACAACCAACAGUUCAAAAUCCAGCACAACAGCCACCUCCACAACCAACAGUUCAAAACCCUGCACAACAACAACCACAAACAGAACAAGGACAUAAAAGAAGUAGAGAACAAGGAAACCAAGAAUUCUUAAAAAUGCUUAAAGAAGAGUGUGGUUUCCCAGAUACUGUUGACUUUAGUGACAGAUAUAAAGAAGCUAUUGGAAAGUUCAAGGAUGGAAAUACUGACCCGAACCUAUUUAGCUUUAUGGCUCAGCACCAAAACGGAUAUAAUCUCAAACCUGGAAAAUACAAGCUCGCUAAGGGAUAUGAUUUAAUAGCAUAUCAUCCAAAUGACAUGGAUGAAUUUACUCCGAGAUAUUUGAUGUCAGAGCUAAAUGACAAUUCAACUUUCGUCAUGAAACGCGUAAAAAAUAGAGACGGAACGAAAGAACAAAAGCUUAUGAAUGCGGAUGACGUAGAUAGGGAAAUUGUUGAAAACGGUCUCGGAAUAUAUGAAAUGCCAGCAGAUGAGGUACAAGAAACUCCACAGGAAGAAGUUCAGAUACAACCAGACA